UCACUUCAACAAUAAUAUUCGAACAGUCAAGGAGCUCUGUUGUGGCUUUUGCACCGGAAGAAGUGUGUUUCAAUCAGUAAAACAAGGCGAACACGACGAGUGCGCUUAGCGUUACCGACGGAUACAGCAGCAGCAAUAAUAAAGCAGCUAAAUAGCAAUCAUAAUUAAAGCGUAAAAGAAACAAACAACAAAAGCCACAAAAUGUCUGACCGAAAGGCUGUCAUCAAAAAUGCCGACAUGAGCGAGGAGAUGCAGCAGGAUGCUGUCGACUGUGCGACACAGGCCCUGGAGAAGUACAACAUUGAGAAGGACAUUGCCGCCUACAUCAAGAAGGAGUUCGACAAGAAAUACAAUCCAACAUGGCAUUGCAUUGUGGGCCGCAACUUUGGAUCGUAUGUGACACACGAGACGCGCCAUUUCAUUUAUUUCUAUUUGGGCCAGGUGGCCAUACUACUGUUUAAGAGCGGUUAAAGUAUUGUCGAGUCGGAUGCGGUGGUGGUCGGGAGGCUGAUGGCAGAGCAGCAGCUGUUGCAGCACCAACAACAA